GGUUACCAUGGCACCUGGCAGUGGGGGGGAUAUAUUAGACAGCAAGUGAACAUUUUGAAGUUUGAACUUUGUGUUGGAAACAGAACAAAUGGGCCAGCGUGAUGAGGGCCAGCGUGAGGAGGGCCAGCAUGAGGAGGGCCAGCGUGAUGAGGGCCAGCGUGAGGAGGCCCAGCGUAAGGAGGGCCAGCGUGAGGAAGGCCAGCGUGAGGAGGGCCAGCGUGAGGAGGGCCAGCGUGAGGAGGGCCAGGGUGAGGAGGGCCAGCGUGAGGAGGGCCAGGGUAAGGAGGGCCAGCGUGAGGAGGGCCAGGGUAAGGAGGGCCAGCGUGAGGAGGGCCAGCGUAAGGAGGGCCAGCGUGAGGAGGGACAGCGUGAGGAGAGCCAGCGUGAGGAGGGCCAGCGUGAGGAGGGCCAGUGUGAGGAGGGCCAGGGUAAGGAGGGCCAGCGUGAGGAGGGCCAGCGUGAGGAGGGCCAGGGUAAGGAAGGCCAGGGUAAGGAGGGCCAGCGUGAGGAGGGCCAGCGUGAGGAGGGCCAGCGUGAGGAGGGCCAGGGUAAGGAUGGCCAGCGUGAGGAGGGCCAGGGUAAAGAGGGCCAGCGUGAGGAGGGCCAGUGUAAGGAGGGCCAGCGUGAGGAGGGCCAGCGUGAGGAGGGCCAGGGUAAGGAGGGCCAGCGUAAGGAUGUGAGGGACUUUGACGAGGGCCAGAUAGUGCUGGCUAGACGACCGGGUCAGAGCAUCUCCAGAACUGCAGCUCUUGUGGGAUGUUCCCGGUCUGCAGUGGUCAGGACCUACCAGAAGUGGUCCAAGUAAGGAGAACCGGUGGACCGGCGACAGGGUCAGACCCGAGGCUUGUUGAUCCACAUGGGGAGCGAAGGCUGGCCCGUGUUGUUUGAUCCAAUAGAAGAGCUACUGGAGCUCAAACUGCUGAAAGAGUUAAUGCUGGUUCUGAUAGAAAGGAGUCAGAACACACAGUGAGGAGCAGUUUGUUGCGUAUGGGGCUGCGUAGCCACAGUCUGGUCAGGGUGGCCGUGCUGACCCGUGUCCACCGCCAUAAAGCGCCUACAACGGGCACGUCGUGAGCAUCAGAACUGGACCACGGAGCGAUGGAAGAAGGUGGCCCGGUCUGA